CCCGGCGGCGUGCGCGUCGUCACGUCGUCAACACUGCAGUACCUCUCUCUCUCUCACUAGCAGCAGCUGCAGUAGCACAAAACACAGCACGCCCGUUAAACCUCUGUACUUCCAAGCAGCAAACUUUGAAGAGAAAGGACAGAGACACAAUGGCAUCACCAACUUCUCCGCUGGACCCAGAUCUAAUGAGGGAGGUUCUUGAAUGUCCCAUCUGCAUGGAGACCUACAACCAGGACCAAAUGAGACCAAAACUCCUGCAGUGUGGUCACACGCUGUGCCGGCAGUGUCUAGAGAAGCUGUUGGCUACUACCAUCAACGGUGUUCGCUGCCCGUUCUGCAGUAAGGUCUCCCGUAUGAGCAGCAUCUCCCAGUUGGCCGAUAAUCUCACAGUGCUGAAGAUCCUUGAUUGUACCAUGUCCUGCAGUGCUGCUGCUGCUGCCCUAAUGUGCAAGUCCUGCUUCAACCGUCUACCACGUCAGUUCUGCCACGAGUGCACCACAGUCCUCUGUGAGCUCUGCAAAGGGGAGGGCCACCUGCAUCAAGGCCAUUUGGUCCAACCGAUUAGGGUGGCUGCUGAACAGCGUCGCAAAGAACUGGGUGGCAAGCUGUCUGCUCUGCGCAAUGUCAUGGAUGAAAUUCAGAAGAAAAAGACAGCCAUUGAAAGCAUUUCCAAGUCUAUGAGACUUAAGUACCGGGCAGUGCAGCAGGACUAUACUACAGCUGAGCUGCGUCUUCAAGAGGAACUCAGCAGGUCUCGGAGGUCAUUCACAGCUUCCAUGGCGGAGGUGGAGAAAAUCAAUGGGCAGGUCCUGGAGGAGCAGACCUAUCUUCUUAACAUCGCGGAGGUACAAGUGGUGUCACGCUGUGAUUAUCUGACAAUGCGGGUGAGGCAAAGUGAUAUUGCCUUGCUAAAGGACGACGGUGGAGGCAGUGAUGACGAGGAACUGGAUCUGAGGCGCAACUUGCCCACCAUGUUUCAGCUGCAAGAGCCAGAGCUCGUCAGAGCAGAGCACUCUAAGCCAUUAGAAGUGGGCCAGUUGACCACAAACACUUACAUUGUCAAUACAGACGAUGAGGAGAGUGGGUUAGAGAUCGCAAUUGAAGGUGAUGCAGAGGGUUUAGCUGGGGCUGCAGGGGCUACCAGUGGUGCAAUGGGGGCUCCAGUGGAUCUUUACAGAGACAUCGACAUGGUUACAAUUGUAGAGGAGACAGUAUGUGGUUCACCUGGCAGCUUUAAGUCCAAGUCCAUGGAUGCAGACGGCGGAUCGCCUGCAGGAGCGGGGGUAAGUGCGGGGCCCCUCGUCUGCCAGUUUGUGAAGAAGAUGGGCUGCAAGGGAACUCUACCUGGCAUGUUCAAUUUACCUGUGAGUAUCUGUGUCACACCGCAAGGUGAGGUGUUGGUGGCAGACCGUGGCAACUACCGCGUCCAGGUAUUCAAUCGCAAAGGUUUCCAGCGUGAAAUCCGCCGCAAUGCCAGUAGCAUUGACAACUUUGUCCUGAGCUUCCUCGGGGCUGACUUGCCUAACCUCAUCCCCUUAUCCAUCGCUGUGACUCCUCAAGGUCUGAUUGGGAUCACUGAUAACUACGAUAACUCAGUUAAAGUCUACACUAUGGAUGGACACUGCGUGGCUUGCCACAAGAACCAGCUGGUUAAACCCUGGGGCAUCGCCGCCAUGCCAUCGGGCCAGUUCGUGGUGUCAGAUGUGGAAGGCGGCAAGCUGUGGUGUCUUGCGGUGGACCGCAAUGUGGGCGUGGUCAGCUACAACCGAUUGUGCUCUGCCGUGCGGCCAAAGUUUGUGACAUGCGAUGCAGCUGGAAUGGUCUAUUUCACCCAGGGCCUGGCACUCAACUUUGAAAAGCACCAAAAUGAGCCCCACCUGGAGGGCGGCUUCUCCAUCGGGUCAGUGGGUACCGACGGCAAGCUGGGCAAGCAGCUCAGCCAUUUCUUCUCAGCCACAGAGGACUUCCGCUGCAUCACUGGCAUGUGUGUGGACGCCAAUGGGGAUUUGUUGGUAACGGACAGUGGCAGGAAAGAAAUCAUCCAGUUUCCCAAAGAGGGUGGAUUCAAAAUUCUCAUCCAGGAAGGGCUGACUUGCCCUGUGGGAGUAGCCACCACCCAGAAAGGACAGCUGCUGGUGCUGGAUUGUUGGGACCACUGUGUCAAAGUCUACUCAUACAUUCAGAGGAGGCACUCCUCAAUUUCUUAGGGGAACAAUCCAGUCAUAACUGCACCCAAGCAUGAGAGGUUUAGCAGUUAUGUGUUGGAACAGGUAGAAACACACUUAUGUUACUUUAGUUUGGCUGCAGUCCAAAAAUUUAUCUCCAGCUUCCAUUGGAUUAUUACUGUAAUUGAAAGUUGUUUGGUUUCGCUUUAAGGCUACUGGGAUUGAAUUUAAAACCUCAAAUUGAAAAUCAGCUAAUAAAGCUGCCUCGUAACUACUUAUUUUUGAUAGAUCACAACACUAAAGCAGACCUGGCAACGUUUAUUUAUGUGGAAGAAUACUGGCACAAGUUGUCACAUUCAAAUAAGCAAAAAAAACAAGCCAUUGAUGUCAAAGCUAAUGCAGGCGCAAAGUACAGAUGAUUAAUCCUCUUCUCUCAUUGGCUGCUACAUCCACCAUACAGCCAGACUCUGUGAUGCAUGGCUGUCACUGACGUGGCUCGGCUUUACCACAGAAAAAAGAGCAGACGAAGAGCGGAAAAUGAACACACAUUUACAUAUGAAAUAAAAGCAUACCAAGGCUUUUGGCCUGUAAAGCACUUUAUUAUCGACACGUCACUGUUUCCUAGUGUUGGGUUUCAGUAGCACAGACUGACGUUGCUGUUGCUGAAUGCAGCUGGCAGCUUUUAAAGAUUACUGUGCAGUUUAGCUCGCGGCAAAAACAGUAACCAAGUAUCAGCAUUCAUCGAAUUGCAGAACAGUAAGCGUAGGAUCUUAAAUUGCCUACAGGAAAUAGUGUUGAACUGUAUAAUAACAACAGGUCCCUGUGGAGGGAAGCUGGGUAAUAUUGGGCAAUAUUAAUGUAAUUUACAGGGGUCCUGGGGGUUACAUAAGUCUUCAUUAGUCUGUUUAUUUCUCAAAGCUUCUUUGAGGUUUGCCGAUUAGUUUGAUACAUUUUAACACUGCAUUAUUGUAAUUUUUUCCCGGUACUUAUUAAUGUUAAGUUAGCAUAUGUACAUCAGCCACAACCUGAAGAACCGAUUAUUGGUCACAAAAUGGAGCAGUGUAUCAGCUUGACCUUUGCACAGCAAAGGUUAGUGAUUGCUACUGUUUGAUCUUCAAGCCUAAUGUCUUGUUAUCCAACUUUCUGCUGGUGACAUGCCACAGUUGCACUUACAUUGUCGCUAUGAGUAACAUUUGCGAGAUAAAACUGCAAAUCAUACUUCUCACCUUAAUUCCAGGCCUCUGUAUCCCCUUCUUGGCGUUUAUUUUAAUUUGAAGAAAGUUAGUGUUGACCAGUUUCACGUAUGAUCACGGACACUGUAGCUCGUCUUCCUACUCACCACCCAGUCCUACUUGAAUACAUAUAUCUUUGGCAGAGUCGGCACCAUUCAAGUUAUUAAUAACAGACUAACACAGCCCUAUGGUCCUAGAUGACACUUGACACUUUUUUUGUCGCUAUGUCUCUAUGUCGGUACACCCAGCACUAAUUUACUCAAAGACCCAGGCCACAACAGACACCUACAACCUGUUUACGAACUUUGUUCAAACCCAACGAUUAUUCCAGAGAACAUGUCCCAAUGCCGUUGUUUUCACACAUCUGGACUGGGGUUCCAGAGGGUGGGGGGCCGGCAGGAGUUGUUCAGAAUGGCACUGCCAGGGUAAUAACAGGUGAAAACGCCUGCAUCGCCAUCAACAGGCACGGCUUUUCAGUACACUGGGAUGUUGGUUCUGUGUUGCUGCGUCUUCCUCUGUCGUGUCUAAGACAGCAGCCAUAUACAGUAUUUCUGCACUGGUGUUAGUUAAAACUGGUCUUUAUCAGCAUGAAUUGUGUGUCUUUAUUUUUUUCACGUAGAUUAAUUGAAUUUUUCAGCCAAUCUGAAGCGCGAGGAAGACUUUCUGGUGCUUUCAGGUUAUAUAACAAUAAAAGUCACCUUUAAUGAAAAAAAAGAAUAGUGGCCUAAAUACGGGGGAUCAAGUUAAUCAUUGGAACCCAUGUAAUACUGCUGUAUGUAGCAUAUUCUAUCAUAAAUAGUAAGUAUGCCUGCUCUGAGGCAAUUUGUCUCUUCCAGUCCACAUUUGCUCAUGAGAGCAGCAUAAUGCAAACUGACUCAGUUUCAGCCUUAAAAAAUGAAUAAUUUCACAAAGCUGACCUUAACUUUGCACCUGGAGCCCUGUUAAACAGUAACAGACACAUGUACGUAUCUGAGCAUCAAACUAUCAUAAAAAAACAUAGUUUUUAAUGUUUCAAAAUAAAAGGUUUAGGAGAAAAAAAAUAGUUGAGUGUUAAAUAUAAGUCUGUCACAGUCACCACCUUGUGCUUUCUUCAUUUGACAUGUUUUUUUUUUAAUUUUCCCAUUAGGCCGUGUUAUAUCUAAGCACUAAAUAGAUUUGAUUCAAGACAGCCUGAGAUGCCUGUUGUCCUUGCAACCAAAAUAUAUAUAUAUAUAUAUAUUAUUUUUUUUGUUUCUCCCAGUGCUUACACUUAUUCAUGUGGUCAGUAGAAGUAGUCAUCACUAGAGAGAAUCCAGACUUAAUGACAGAAAAAUGCAGAAAUUGAUAGAAAAAACAAAAAAACAAGUGUCCUUGUGUCAAUGUGCUCAACAUCCGAGUGUGUCACGUCAUCUGAAUAGGUUUCACCGCGUGUCAUUGGACCACCGUUGUUUCAGUGCAUACUACUCCAGAGUUAAUCACUUUACACUUCUGUCCAGGAACCAUGUCCUGCAGUCCUUUGGAGGCUGUGACUUUUAUAAUGUGUUGAACACAUUGCAGACAUCUCUGUGUGUAGUCAAAUUCAUUGUUGAAUAACUUGAGUGCAAUAAAGAAUAAAAAAAUCAUGAAACUA